CAAAAUUUUCCAUUAUCUCACACUUUCACUUACUCUCUCAUCGCGUCUCCUGAGUCUAACCGUCUUCACGGCCGACAGAACCCUCUGCAGCUCCGAGCUCAACCUGUGUUCAGCCAGCCGUCGCCGUUUAUUCUUGCUCCUUAGCCCAUUGCUCCUGAACUGCUUGUGCAGACCUCCUCUUUCGCUCGCUGCCCCAACAUUUAAUUUGAUUUAUUCAUCCUUACCAUAAAAAGAUGGCUUAUGCUGUUGUUGAUUCACUCAACCACACGAUACCUCGAAUCCUGAGUGAAGAUGAGCAGUAUCCCAUUUCUGAUGAGGGAAAGCAACUGAUCGAGUUGCUCAGCAAAGAUAUAGCUCUCCUCCGAGGCUUCCUCGAGGGUACUAAAGAGGAAGGCAUGAGCUUGGAAACUCGAAUCAGGGACGCUGCGAAUCGAGCUGAAGAUGUUAUGGAGCACUUGAUGUACGAGCAUCUCAGAUACAAAACAGUAGUUGGAACAGAUAUUAUUCUGUAUGAUUUUCGUGAGCUCAAAAAUGCGAUGGAGGAGAUUAACUCCAUUGCUGAAGAGGUGGAAAUAGUGCAGCAGCAGCAGCAAGGUGGCCUUCCAGCAGCGCAGUCCAAGACGAGAUUAUCGUUAGAGAUAGAAGCGCCCAUUGUGAAUACUGUCACGGUUGGUCUGGACGAGCACGUCAAGAAAAUAAGAGAUCUGCUCUGUGGAGGAUCAUCUGCAAACCAGAUCAUCCCAAUCACGGGGAUGGGUGGUAUUGGGAAGACAACGCUUGCCAGAGCUGUUUAUCAGAAUGAAGAAGUUGUCCAGACCUUUCCAACGCGUGUCUGGAUCGUUGUGUCCCAGAAUUAUCAAACCGAAAAUAUUUUUGAAAUGCUCCUAUAUUCCUUGAUGAAACAAGUCGACAAAAGACUUGUGGAUGAUGAUGACACAAUGGAAAACAAAUUACACAGGGUCAUGACGUUGAAGAAGUUCUUGAUUGUGGUGGAUGAUCUAUGGAGUCCAAAGGCUUGGGACGACUUAAGGAAGGGAUUUGGCCACCCAAGAAAGCGUGACGGGAGUCGGAUUAUCAUAACCACAAGGAUCAAGGAAAUGGUUAAUUCUACGCACCAUGCUAUAUAUUCUUACACUCUGCCUCUCUUGGAUGACCAUCAAAGUUGGUGUCUGCUCAAGCAAAAAGUGUUUCCUUGUCACAAAGAAUGUCCAUCAGAGCUGGUGAAGAUCGGAAAGGAUAUUGCAAAAGGUUGCAAGGGGCUGCCCCUUGCAAUUGUUGUAGUUGCAGCUAAAUUGUCUCAAAGAAAACAGACUCAAUCCUCAUGGGAGGAAGUUGCUCAAAACUUACGUUCAUUUAUCGUGGAAGACCCGUUGUUUCGAGAGAGAAUGUUAUUGAGCUAUACUCACUUGCCUUGUAAUUUGAGGCCUUGUUUCUUAUACAUGUGUGGCUUCCCUGAAGAUUAUGAAAUUCGGGUCUCCAUGCUUAGCAAGUUAUUCAUGGCUGAAGGUUUUGUGGAAAAUGAAAUGGAGGCUGAACAAUAUUUGAUUUAUCUUGAGAGGCAAAACUUAGUUUUCAUUAAGGCAACCAAGUCCAAUGGCAAAAUCAAAAGUUACACUCUCCAUGGUUUGAUGCGUGACUUGAGCAAUAUAAAGGCUCUAGAUGAGAAUUAUGAGCGACGGCUCAAUAAUUCUCAUCUUGAUCUAAGGGAGGUUGCAAGGGCAUACACCUCGACCAUGCGCUCUGUUAUAAGCUUCCAGCGUAAUGAGAGCUCACUACGCGGUCUGCGCAAGUUCAAAUUGCUGAGGGUGUUGGAUGUGGUGGAUACAGAUGCAUAUGCACUCCCGGCUUCAGUGUUCGACCUCUUUCACUUGAGGUACCUUGCUUUCGGAUGUCCAAUGGAGGUUCCAUCAGCCAUAUCCAGACUUCAGAAACUUCGCGCUUUGAUCAUCCGUCCAAGCAAGAGAUCAAGGAAAUACAGAUACUCAACGGAUGAGGUAUGCCUACCAUUAGAGAUCUGGAUGAUGCCACUUUUGACGCAUCUUGUCUCCUUUUUCGAUCUAUUUCCAAAUCCAGAAGGAGCAGCUUCUGCUCUCAAGAACCUGCUGACUCUGUCUGUGGUGAAGAAGCUGAUAUGCACGGAAGAGAUGAUGAAAUUAAUUUGUAAUGUGAAAAAGCUGUCAGUCACUUAUUUUGGAGACAUGUAUAAAGAAGACUACCAGCUCAACAAUCUUGUUCUUCUGACUCAACUUGAGAAGCUGACACUUGCUGUGAAGAAAGGUUCUCAUUUUCAAAUAAAAGCUAAGCCUGUUUUCCCAGAGACACUGAAAAAGUUAACCUUGAGUGGUUGGCGAUUUCCGUGGGAGAAUAUGAAAUCUAUUGCAGCUCUGCCCCAUCUUCAAGUGCUCAAAUUGAGAGAUCAUGCCUUUGAAGGCAAUACGUGGAGCACUUUAGAAGAGAGUGAUGAAGAGGACGAAGAUGAGGAUUAUGAAGAAGCUGAAGUAAAACUGUUUCUUGAACUGGAAUACUUGCUGAUUGAGGAAUCUGAUUUGGAAAAUUGGGUUACAAAUAAUCGUCAUUUCCCAGCACUGGAGCGCCUAGUGCUCAAAGGUUGUGAUAAGCUGAAUGAAAUUCCGAAUGACAUUAGAUACACCAAGCUUCUUAAAAUCAUUGAGGUUGAUCGUGCAAACCUAUCUCUUCUCAAGUGUAUCCGAGAGAUCCAAAAGGAACUAAUCGAAUAUGACACCGCCCUUGAAGUUCGAGAAUUAUAAGGGGUAUUAGCAAGAAGUGAAGGUUUUCAAAAAAGACAAGGUUGCAAGCGUUCUGGAAAUUUGUACUUCACACUUCACUUAAUAAUCUGUUUUGAAUCCCCGCUUAUUCAGUGUCUUGUUUUCCCUUUUAUUUAUUCAUUUAUUAGUCUUCAUAUUAGUA